UCUAAGACUUGUUCUUUACCCAUGGAAUGUAAUAUUUUUGCAAAGAUGGACCACUUCACAAAUGGUUACAAAGUCAUACCCACUUCUUCCACAGUGACCACAACAAAUGACCAAGCAUGAACUAAAGUGCCAGAAUUGAUUGUGGUGGGACAUCUUUCACUGAAAAAUAAGUAAAAUGGAACAUAAUGGGUCUGCUUCAAAUGCUGAUAAAACCCAUCAGAAUCGCCUGUCAAGUGUUACAGAAGAUGAAGACCAAGACGCUGCUCUUACCAUUGUGACUGUGCUGGACAAAGUAGCCACCAUCGUGGACAGUGUGCAGGCAAGCCAGAAGAGACUAGAGGAGAGACACAGGGAAAUGGAAAAUGCCAUAAAAUCUGUCCAGAUUGACCUGUUGAAGCUUUCACAGUCACACAGCAAUACAGGCUACGUCAUUAACAAGUUGUUUGAGAAAACUCGAAAAGUCAGUGCUCACAUUAAAGAUGUGAAGGCCCGGGUGGAGAGGCAGCAAACUCACGUGAGAAAAGUUGAAUCCAAGCAAGAGGAAAUAAUGAAGAAAAACAAAUUCCGUGUGGUAAUAUUCCAGGAGGAGAUUCGGUGUCCGACAUCCCUGUCUAUUGUUAAAGACAGAAACCUAACUGAGAAUCAAGAGGCUGAAGACGAUGUCUUUGACCCUCCAAUAGAUCUGUCUUCGGAUGAAGAGUAUUAUGUUGAAGAAAGCAGAUCUGCCAGACUUAGAAAGUCAGGCAAGGAGCGCAUUGAUAAUAUCAAAAAGGCAUUUUCCAAAGAAAACAUGCAGAAGACACGGCAGAAUUUUGACAAGAAAGUGAACAGAAUUAGAACUAGAAUAGUGACCCCGGAGAGGAGAGAAAGGCUAAGGCAGUCGGGAGAAAGGUUAAGGCAGUCAGGAGAGAGGCUGAAACAGUCAGGGGAAAGGUUUAAGAAAUCCAUUUCUAACGCAGCUCCCUCAAAGGAAGCUUUUAAGAUGCGUAGCCUUCGGAAAGCUAAAGACCAAACUGUGGCUGAAGAUGCAGAAGAGGUCAGGGAGAUGGGUGUGGACAUCAUUGCCAGGAGCGAGUCUCUGGGCCCCAUCACUGAGCUCUACACUGAUGAGCUCAGUGAAACAGACCGUGAGGAGGCCAGGGCUGUAUAUCCUCCCACAGAAGGAGGGGAAGUCUCAACCCCCGAGGCUUUAAAAGUUACUUUUAAACCCCAGGUGAAAGUGGAAGAUGAUGAAUCUCUUUUGUUAGAUUUAAAGCAGUAAUCAUGAAGAAGAACUAAGUAUAUUAUAGGUAUAAAAGUCUUUAAUCACAAGGUUCUAGUUUAAUAGCAUAGUCACAUUGAUAGUAUAGUCAUUUAAAUUUAUAAAAUAGUGAAGUCAUUUACAUUUAUUUAUGGGAAAACAUGAGUGAUAUAGCUGGAUUCAUUUCUGAUGUUUAAAAUCUUAAAAAUAACACGAGUAUUGUAUACAUUUCUUUAUAGCUUCCUUGGGAAUUCUUUUUUUCUCCCCUGGGCUAACAACUUUCCCUUUUAUGUCAUUCUCAUGGCAGCUGUGGAUUUUUUUUU